UUUCGCGAGGGACAUUUACCGUCGAGCGCCUUUCAGUGCCUGAGCCUCUGCGACGGAGCGAUGUCAGGGUGGACUGGUAAUACUGUUUUGACAUCGCUAGCGCUUGCAGCAUGUCUUGGACUCAUAAGCGCAGCUGUUCCUGGUCCAAUAGAUCCGAGAUACCCGGAUUACAUUGUGUACCCCCGCGUCCCGUGUGAGAAAGAAGGCGUGUUCCCCCAUCCCAGAAACUGUUCGUGGUACUACAGGUGCGUCGACAGGUUCGGCAUCGGGUAUUACUGGACGAGCCACUUCGAGUGCGAACCGGGGACGGUGUUCUCCGAUGACCUUGACCAGUGCGUGUUCCCCUUUCUGACCGGACCGCCCUGUGGCACGGCUGGCCCUCGUGGACGGUCUUCCUCCGUCUACCCUUCCACCUACCAACCCACCAUCGCCCUUCCGCUCCCGUCUACCCUUCUACCCUUUCGUCUACCCUUACAACCGACCUACCGUCUACCCUUCCACCUUCUUUAA